GGACCAGGACAGGGGGUUCCCGGGUGGGUUUGGGUUGUUCUGGAGCAUCCCAUUCAGCAGAGCCCCCAGCCCUCAGGGUUGCUCCGGGUGCCGGUGCGGGAUGCUCGGUGCCCCGCACCGGUGCACGCUGCCCCUUUCCCUGUCUCGCAGUGCUCGUGGGAUGCUGUGCGCGGCUCUGCCCGGCUCCGGGCAGCGGCACGGGCUCCGCUCUGGGCGCCGCCGACCCCUGCGCCCCGCCGGGCCCCGCGACGGGGCCGCGCUGCCGGACAGAUCGGCCGGGAGCUGGCACGGGGCAGCCGCCGACACCGGAGGCCGUGGGGCAGCCGUGGACAGAGGCUGAGCUGCUGCCCUCCCCCGGGACCCCCGCCGGGCCAGCCGAGCUCUCCAGCCCGCAGGACAGCCCCGGGCGGGGCAGCGAGGGGACAGCGCCGGCGGCGCGGGGUGGCACCGCCACCGAGCCCCCGGGGCCGCCGUCCCCUGCCAGGCUGGGGGUGACCCCUGCAGGGACCCCAGCCCCGGUGGAGGCAGACACAGAUCCUGCCACCUCGCACUCCCCGGGCCCUGACCCUCGAGGACAUGUGACAGUGGAAGGUGCCGCGACAGCCCAGGGGACACUUUUGUAUUCACCACCCUCUGUGACAGUGCCAGGCUCUGCCAGGGGACAGGGGGGGUCCAGCAGCAGCCUGCUGGGGUGGAGGGCUGUUGGGACAGCCCUCGUGCAGAGCCAGAAUGCCACUCUGCAGCUGGGUGACAGCAGCCCGGGGACCCGCCCGAGCACCGUGCUGGCCACUGACAGCCCAGCGCCGGGGACAGCAGGGACAUCACCCUCUGCUGGGGGGCUGCAGGGGCUGCUGACCCCCGCAGGGACACUGCAGGGGACACACUGGGGGCUGCCAGGAGGACAGGGCUUUGCUUCCCACCCACGGGAGGGUCCCCACUCUGCCCCUCACCCCUCUGCCCUGUCCCCUGGGCCUGCUGGGAGCCCCUUGGGCAGCACAGCCCGGCCAGCCCUGGGGACAGGCCCAGCCCUGCUGCCUGCCACACACAGGGGCUCAGGUCUGCCUCUUGCCAGCACCCCAGGGGUGACCUCUCCCAGCCAGGGAUGGGCUCUGGACCUGACCACGGGGGUCUUGGGGCCACCUGACAGAGGUGACAUCCCCCUGAGCCCAUCAGCCAUCCCAGAGCAGCCCCCUGUCCCCCCUGGCAGCCCUGCUGUGGCGCAGGGUGGGGUGGCACACACCAGUCCUGGAUCCUUCCACGUCCCCCCGUCCCCACAGUCUGCCCCAGCCAGUGGCUCUGCUGUGACCCUGCUGUCAACCCCGCUGCCUUCCCCAGGGACCAGCUGGGGGGUCCUGGGCUUUGGCCCCACCGUGGGCACUCCUCUGGGAGACCCCUCCCCAGGGCUGCCCCAUUCCAGCUCGAAGGCGGGUCCUGCAGAGAGCCCUCCAUCCCUGGGGGGGUCCCAGGUGGGAGUGGGCAGCCUGGCACCCCCCUCAGCACCUGGGCCUCCCCAGCAGCCAGCUCUUUCCCAGCCUGCUCCUUCUGUGGGACCAACUUCUGCUGUUGGUGUCACCACUGCCGGUGUCACUGCCACCACCGCAGCUGCCACCAGCCCGGAAAGGCUCGGGGACACGGGCACAGCAGAGCCACGUGCUGCUGUGCUGCAGAGGGAUGGGCAGGGUGUGACGUGGGGAUCCCCAGCUCGUGUGCCCACUGUGAUGCCCGGGCCCCCCCAGCAGCCCACAGAUUCCCACGGUGGGGGCCCUGGCUCCCCCCCAGCUGCUGUGGACACAGAGCUGGCCCAGCCAUCGAGCAGCCCCAGAGGGAACACAGACACUGACACCCCCCAGGUGACACCGGCUGGGGUGGGCAGGGCCCCCCAGGUGUUCAUCGUGGAGGAUCAGCCCCCAGUCCUCAGAGCACCCCUCCUGCGCCUCCCCUGCGAGCUGGUGCUGGACAUGGGGUUCGUGCCGGCCCUGCGGGACCCGGGGUCGCAGGAGCGCCAGGAGCUGCUGCACAGCUUCAACCAGACGGUCGCCCCGCUCUUCGCGCCCGUGCCAGGCUUCCUGCGGCUGGAGGUGACCGGGCUCAGGUGGGUGCUGGCGCGGUGCCGCGGCGGGUCCCGCUGCCCCGCACGGCUGUCCCGCGCUGGCAGUGCCCGGGCAGAGCUGGCAGUGCCCCAGGCCGCGUGUCCCCGCAGGGAGGGCAGCGUGGUGCUGCGCUACGACGCGCUCUUCGCGGCCGAGCAGCUGCCGCUGCCGGGGCUGGAGCAGCUCCUGGAGGCCGCGCUGGGCUCGGCCCGUGCCCGGCCCGGGCUGGCGGUGGGCACGGCCCCCGUGCUGCGCCACGUGGCUCUGGCGCGGCCGCUGGACCCCUGUGCUCUGCUCUUCACCUGCCCGGCCGGCUUCGCCUGCGUGUCCAGGGCGGAUGGGAACGUGACCUGCACCUCCCUCUGCCACCGCGCCUACUGCAAGAACCAGGGCAUCUGCUCGCACGGCCGGGACCACCAGCCGCGCUGCCAGUGCCCCGUGGGCAGCGAUUUCUGGUUCAUGGGGCUGCGCUGUGACUACCGGGUGACACAGCAGGGCCUGCUGGGCACGGCGGCCGGGGUCCUGCUCAGCAUCCUGCUGCUGGGCGCCGUGCUCGCCGCCCUCGCCGUGCGCCGCUUCAAGGCGCUGCUGCUGGAGGCCAGGGCCGACCAGACCCGCAGCAGCUAUCGCCGUUUCUGCCGCCUGGACGAUGUCUCAGCCCAGUACUGGUCUCGCUCGGGGCUGCCCUCGGCCAGCUCGCUGGACAACCCGGCCUUCAGCAACUCGGAGGAGCUGCUGCAGCUGCAGGUCCUGGACGGAGGCUGCUGCGGCUGCCGCGGGGACUCGGCCGGCAGCGACGGUGCCAAGCGGGGCCCGGCGCCCUGUGCCCACCCCCAGUGCCAGCCCAGUUUCCAUUACGAGUGGGACACCAGCUCCAGCAGCAUGAACGAGCCCAUGGUGGACUCGGGGAAAGCCAGCGACAUCUCGGUGUCGAGCUGGCCCAUGGAGCCCAUCCAGUGGGCUCCCUUCCCCCUGCACCAGCUCUCCAGGCAGCGAGCGCACAAGGCCCGCUGGCCGCAGCCCUUCAGCGAGGGGCUGGAGCUGGGCACGCUGGAGCGGAGCUGGACGGCCUGAGGCCACGGACACGCGGCAGCGGGGUUCAGCUUGAAACCAACCACAUUUUAUUUCCACGUAACGAGCUCAGUGAAGGAAUCCACACACUUGGACGAUACAAUCAACGCGGGUGUGAUGUCAGUGAUGUCAGUCCCAGCGGGGCAGG